UUUGCACCAUACAUAGGCAGAACCGCUAUAUCUGGAACCUUCUUGGAAGGCGGUCUGAUCUUCCAUCUGGGGGCUCUCAAGAAGAUGAACGGUCAUUCCAUUCCCUUCCCCGCCACCACCUCCGUUUCCUUCACCAGAAGAUGCGGUGUUUCUGAGAAAGAGAUUGCAGAUGGGAAUCUUUCCUUCAGCCCACUGAGGGACCAAAUUCAGUUAUCUGUCUCGAGUAUAAAAUCUGAAGGAAGCAGAAGGGGUUAUCCUCGUCGCCGAAAUCCAGCUUCUGAUGCUAAUACAGAGGACAAUGAUCAGAGGAUCCAACAUGAUUCUGAUGGUGAGGUAGCAGAUUCAUCUAAUCAGAAGGAGAUCAUUGCCUUGUUCAGGCGGAUUCAGUCAUCAAUUUCUAAAGGUGCAUCUGUCAGUACUCCAAAGAGCAAGUCUAGUGCUUCGAGAUCACAAGAGUCAGCUGAUGCAGUACUGGAAGUACUUCGCCAAUACCCUGCAACAAAGCCUGGAAGAGGUGCCAGCCAAGGUAGUGGGAAAGUGCUGAAUGACAAAAGAUCUCCAAGGAGCCAACGGCAAAACAAAGAUAAGGAGGCAGAGGAUGAUUUUUCUAAUCAAUGGGAUUUCAGGUUAAGUAGGCCAGCUUCUAAUUUCAUUAAGAAGUCGCCUAUUCCUUCGCUGAAACCUAAUAAAGAAGUUGAAAAUGUUCUGGAUGCGACUGAAGCAAAAGGUGAUGCUGAAGAGUUGCAGAAAAUUGAUGAGAUGAAACUUGCAGAACUAAAAGAGCUUGCAAAGUCUAAAGGAGUUAAAGGAUACUCCAAGUUGAAGAAGUCAGAACUGGUGGAGCUGUUAAAGAACUCAAUUUGAUCGUAGUUAGUUCCUUUUAAUGCUAAUUUGCUGUAUAAUGCGACUUGCAGAACCUGUGGAGAAAUUUGUAUUACCAGUAGCAUUUAAAUGGUACGCGAGAAAAUUUACUGGCCGUUUA